UGUGGUCCACGUCUGAUCUGCGGCUGCUGAUAUUUAAGCAUUCUUUUAGGAUUAUAUAUAACAGCAUCUUACUUUUUUUUAAACAAGGGAAGUUUACUUUAAGACUGAGCUGCCAAGUGUGAGCGAUUACAUCUCAUAGUUUCCCAUGGUGUAACUGCACUCAUUUCACCUGUCAUGUUCAAGCCUGUACAGGUGUAUCUCCACCUGUCGUGCGAGCAGAGGCGCCCAUUAGAAUAAAAACUGUCCCGUAGCGAUGGGCGGUUUGGUGUUUGGUUUUGCUUUAAGCUCUAGAAGUUAUGUGGAUAGUCUUAAAUAUGUUUAUUCAGGAAUAAACAUGGACCUCAGCAGUCAGCUAAAGAAAAGAUGGUUAUUCAAUUCAUUAAGCGUGCGGUCCUGGUUCUCCAGAACGAGCCGGGCUAUGGCGGCCAGCGUCGCCCCUUCACCACAGAAGAUGAAGCCUGGAAAUCCUUUCUGGAGAACCCGCUGACGGCUGCCACCAAGGCCAUGAUGAGCAUAAACGGAGACGAGGAUAGCGCAGCAGCUCUCGGCCUGCUCUACGACUACUAUAAGGUGCCCAGGGAAAAGAGAACAAUAACCCAGAGCAAGCCAGAAACCCUGGUCUGUGAUGUGGAUCCCAACAAAAGACACCAGCUCCAGUCUGGACACACCAUGGCCCCUCAUCAGGACGGUGGGAUGGAGAGCAGGAUCCAGGUCCUUAAGGGACCCUUUAAUUUUCUUCAGCUGUCCCAGGACAAGAGGUCCCAGUUUCCCUCCCCAGACACGACCGUCACUGUGUCCAUUGCUGCCAUGCCAAACUACCCGUCCGUCAAGACAGAGAUGCCCACACACGGCUUCUCAGUGACCGUGCCAAACAACUGUGCCGAAACUGAUGGCCAUGUGAGUGUCUUUGAACGCCAGCUGACCCACAACUCGGUCCAGUUCAGCCCCAACACCCAGUCACGCACGCCCCCCGACUCCACCUUCUCUGAGAGUUACAAGGAUGGUUCCCAGGAGCAGGUGUUUUCCUUCCCAGGGGAUCUUCAGUUACGUAUGGCCUCAAUGUCGCCUCGGGACUACAAUCACUUUAACACCGUGCAGGGGAACAACUUUGAGUACACUCUUGAGGCGUCCAAGUCUCUACGUCAGAAGACAGGUGACGGGACAAUGACGUACCUCAACAAGGGCCAGUUUUACCCGAUCACCCUCAGAGAGGUUGACAACAAAGGCAUGCAGCAGCCCAUCACCAAAGUCAGGAGUGUAGUGAUGGUGGUGUUUGGAGAGGAGAAGUGCAGAGAUGAUCAACUGAAGCACUGGAAGUACUGGCACUCUAGACAGCACACUGCCAAACAGAGGUGUCUGGACAUUGCUGACUACAAGGAGAGCUUCAACACCAUUGGCAACAUUGAGGAGAUUUCCUAUAAUGCCAUUUCCUUCACCUGGGAUACCAAUGAGGAGGCCAAAAUCUUCAUCUCCGUCAACUGUCUGAGCACCGACUUUUCUUCCCAGAAGGGCGUGAAGGGUCUUCCUCUGAACUUGCAGAUCGACACCUACAGCUACAACAACCGCAGCAACAAGCCCAUCCACCGCGCCUACUGCCAGAUCAAAGUCUUCUGUGACAAGGGAGCCGAGAGGAAGAUCCGAGACGAGGAAAGGAAGCAGUCCCGCCGGAAAGGGAAGGUCGCCGAGCUCAACCCCAGCCUGGCCUUUGUGGAUGCCAAAAUUCCUGUCCUUCAGAAACGCAACGAUGUGACCAUCUUCAAAAUGAUGACCGACCACGAGACCCAGCCUGUCCUUUUCAUACCUGACAUUCACUUCUCUACCUUCCAGCGCCAUCCUUACCAGACAGAAGAGGGAGAAGAGAGCUCGGGCAUGAAGCGGUUACCCUUCAGCGAGGAUGAGUUCGGUUCACCCCCAAACAAAAUGGCAAGAGAAGAACCAAAGAAAGUACUGCUGUACGUGCGCAGGGAGACGGAAGAGGUAUUUGAUGCCCUCAUGCUGAAGAAUCCCACGCUGAAAGGCCUGGUGGAAGCUAUUUCAGAAAAGUAUGAAUUACCUUUGGAUAAGGUUGAAAAGGUCUAUAAGAAGUGCAAGAAAGGGAUCCUAGUCCACAUGGAUGACAACAUCAUCAAACAUUACUCCAACGAAGACACCUUCCAGAUCACCAUGGAGGAGAUGGGUGGCAUGUUCAAACUCACCCUCACUGAAAUCUGAUUGGACAGGAUGAGGUGACCAGAGAGAUGGAGGACAAAUGAAAUGGAGCCGUCAGUAGAAGUGGUUUACACAUCUAGCUAUGCCGUGAUUAUGGACUUCAUCUGAAACUUUAAUCAUGUUGUCUCUGAGCUAUAUUAAUGUCAAGCAGAUUUAAAAAGUCCCACAAGAGGUAUUUAAAAAACAAAAAGCCUUAGCUCUUAAUAGACCUCGAUGUUGAUUAGAUAUG